AUGUCCGGAGCCGCACCAAUGACCACGCCAGCAGCAGUCCCAGAAGGGGUUUAUAUGCUCGAGCAGCCAUUUUUACGCGCACCGAAUGAGAGUUUGAGGCGCCAGUUUCGAGCUAUGCAAAAGCACGUCGAGAGAGAUAUGACAGGGUUGAAGAAUAAUGCCCGCGAACUGUCCAAGAAGGGCGGACAAAGUCAGCAGGAUGCAAUUGCCGCGUUGGACGCGAUGAUUGCCAAAGUCGAGGGGUUGAAGCAGAAGUUGUCCGACGUGCACGAGAAGGGAACAACUCCGAAUAUUGCCGCUUUACGAAGCCGGUCUCACCAUUUAGAUGAACUGGAAAAAAUGGAUGAGAGCGAGCAAGAACUUUGGAUGGAUACCCGCUUAGACCGCUGGCUUGUCGACUGGAGCCUACGGCACGGCCAUGCGCGAACCGCCGCCGCGAUAGCUGAACAGCGCAAAAUUGAGGAUUUUGUCGAUACUUCUCUAUUCGCCGAGGUUACCCGCAUCGAGCAAGCUCUCGCAGCCAAAAGCUGCACCGAGGCCCUAGCAUGGUGUAGCGACAACAAGAAUGCACUGAGAAAGAACAAGUGCACCCUCGAGUUUGAACUCCGGCUGCAGGAAUUUAUCGAGCUAGCCCGAAAUGAAAAGUCAAUGGAAGCAUUCGUCUACUGGAGGAAGCAUCUUCAGCCAUGGCAAGAAACCCAUCUUGCGCGAAUCCAGCAAGCCGCCGGACUCCUCGCGAUGAGCCCGUCUCGGAAAUGCAAAUCUUACCAGAAAUACUACAGCGAGCAACGAUGGACGGCCCUUGUCCAUUUCUUCCGAAAGGCGAUAUACCAGCUCCAUGCGCUCCCUAUCAGCAUGCACAGACGAGACAUGCUACAACGUCGAUUGCCCCGUCUGCGAUGCGUCAGGCUCGGUGUGCUUGCAAAGGAGGUUCCGUUCAGUCACCACGGGAAUUCGACGAUUGUCUGUCGGAUAAGUGGUAAAAUAAUGAACGAAGACAACCCACCGCUGGCCUUUUCGAAUGGGAAUGUCUAUUCUUCCGAGGCACUGAAGGAGAUGGCAGCAAAGCACAAUGGAAAGGUCAAGUGUCCUCGCACAGGAAUAGAACAGGAAUUGUCAAGCCUCCAAAAGGUGUACAUCACAUGA